ACAGGGCGUCACGCUCCACGGCCAAGUGAGCACGCGGGGAGGGCCUGGCCGCGGCCUGCAGGGCGGGGCCGCGCUCGGGCUGGAGCAAGGGGCAGGCUCCCAGGAUGUUCGCCCAGAUCUCCCAGAACUCUGUGAGCCCCAUGCUGCUGCUGGUGCUGCUGGGCUGUGUCCUGUGUCCCCCAGCACAGGCCAGCAAGAGCUCUGAGGACAUUCGCUGCAAGUGCAUCUGCCCCCCGUACCGCAACAUCAGCGGGCACAUCUACAACAAGAAUGUGUCCCAGAAGGACUGCAACUGUCUGCAUGUGGUGGAGCCCAUGCCAGUGCCCGGGAAUGACGUGGAGGCCUAUUGCCUGCUCUGCGAGUGCAAGUACGAGGAGCGCAGCACCACCACAAUCAAGGUGAUCAUCAUUAUCUACCUGUCGGUGGUGGGGGCCCUACUGCUCUACAUGGCGUUCCUGGUGCUCGUGGACCCCCUGAUCCGCAAGCCAGACCCCUACACCCAGCCCCUGCACAAUGAGGAGGACAGCGAGGACACUCACUCCUUGGCCACAGUGCCCACCCUGGCUGGUGCCAGGGCCAACACAGUGCUGGAGCGGGUGGAGGGGGCGCAGCAGCGCUGGAAGCGGCAGGUGCAGGAGCAGAGGAAGACAGUGUUCGACCGGCACAAGAUGCUGAGCUAGGCCCUGCUGGGCCCUGCUGCAUCAGGACACCCCGGCGUUGGAAUGGAACUUCCAGCCCUCCCUGAUUCACCAUCUCCAGAGGGAGCAGCAGCCCCAAAGGCUUCUCUGGUCGUGUCCCCUGCCCUUCCCCUGCCCAGCCACGCUCGCCCCUGGCCUCUGGCUGCCACGUGGAGCUCGGCUGAACAUGGGACUUCAUCAGCCCAUCGCAGCAGGGACAGGGGCUAGGAGCAGAGCACUGCGAGCUGACUGAGUCCUCCAAGGAUAAAAAUAGUGGGAGAAUUUUGAUGUGGGAUAAAUUAUGUUUCUCCAGAAUGCAGCAGCCACCUCCUCCUCCUCCAGUGUGCACUGAUGGCCCUUGUGCAUUGUGGUGCUGAGCCACACAGGAACAAAGGGGAGGGGGUUUCUGCCAGUAUACACUGGUGCUUCUGUUUAUCCUGAUGUAAAUGGAGAGAUUUCCAUACCUCUGGAAUCUGUCCAGGUUUACACCAGCAUAACUGAGACUGCAGCUUGCUUCUGGGUAUGUGAAUAUCACAAAAUAUGUUAGUACCUACAUCAGUAGGAAUCUAACAGGUAAAAAGCUGAUUUACAUUUCUAUCUUUUUCAGUAGAUAAAAACUUAUUGGGGUGAAACCUCUUGAUUUGUACCCACACUGGUGACCCUUGGUGUUCUCCCACAGUGGGCAGCAGCACUUUUGUCCAAGAGAACUGGGGCAAAGGCUCUCCUGGAGCACUGGAAACACCUGUCAGGGCCCUGGGAAGUGGACACUUGUGCCACUCAGAACACUCCAAGAGCUCUGACACGACUUGGGCUGUGUGGAAGAAGCUUCAAUAGUUCUGCCGUGUGUAUUGAUCCCACUGAGAACAUGUGGAGUUUAUGGUGUAGCACCUCCAUAUUAAAUACAAAGAUCUA